UGCGUGAAUAUAUGGCGGACACUUCGAAUGUUUUGUUUUGAAAGAAAAUUUAUUUUCUCAUCGUUUAGAUACGACCGAAAAAAUGUAUGAAGAAGAAAAUGACCAACCUAAAGGCUUGGGGAAAAAAGAUGGACGGCGAUCAUCAGGGAUAUUAAAAAUCAAAAGAUCAUGUUUGACAGAACUGGAUGCCACCCAGGUUCAAGAGAGGAGUGAUGUAUUUGUUAAUGGUAAAAGAAUAUCAAGACGAGUCAGUUUUGCUGAGAGAUGUAGUAUCAAAGAAUUCCCAAAACAUUCACCAAGAGUAUGGCAGGACAGCCCAGAUACUAAAAAUGAUAAUGCAGAUGAUACUGUGGAGUUAACGGAGGAUGAUGUUGGACAUAUAUCAGGUCUGGAUCAACUAUUGAAAGGUCCAAUACAAACUCUCUCGGCUAACGAUUCAAUGAGUUAUGGUCUCCAGGUUCCCGAUCAUUUAUCUGUAUUGAACAACACACGAUUAGAUGUGGAGGAUAUGGACAUGACAGCUUGUUGUGGUGAUAUGUCCGUUCGUCAUGACAACCAUAAUACUAGUAUCCUAGCAACAUAUCAACAACCAGCACCACCUCCAGAGAAUAAAAUAACAGCUUUGUCCUUUUUAUCACAUCUGGCAUCAGGAAUGGAUGUUUCCAGUAAUGCAGUACCUGAACCUAGACGACGUGGUGCUGGCUUGAUGUUUGAUGCAGAUGAUGAUUUCGGUGAAAUAACGGCAGGUUUUACAGGAAUCAUUGGUGCAGCCCUUGCAGAACAAAAUGAAAAUCAGAAUAACCACGGUCUUGUAAUUCCGACCAAUGAACGUGAAGCCAGUAUGGAAAUGACUGACGUUCUGCCGACCAACAUAAUUCCAGGUCAGAACUCAAAUCCUGCUUUGGUCAUACCAACUAUUCAACUUGCAUCUGACAGCGACGCCAACAUGGAACUGACGGAAGUAUUACCCCAAAACCCAACCCUUGAAAAACGGCAAAGUUUAGCAGACAUAACGUCAACAGUAAGGUUUUCACAAAGUGAACCUGGGGCCAACAUGGAGCUGACCGAUGUACUCACCAAAAAUUUGAUGUUGGACAAGAGACAAAGUCUGACUGACGUAACUCGUAGAUUUUCAUCGGGUGUAUCGGCAAACAUGGAAUUAACGUGCGUGGACGGCAUCGCAGAUUUGACCAAUCAUUCUGACAAAGAAAAUAUUCAGAUAUCAAUGGGAUUGAUAAAUCCUGUUUCCGUUCCUCCUGCUUCAACCUUUGUUCCGCCAAUCAGUGAUGAUAAAGAAAAUAAACAUCUUCUUUUUGAUGUUAAUUCCAAGCUAGAUCUAUCACUAUUUCUAAAUAAGGACGAAGAAGAAGAUGAUGAAGUUUCUUUCAAGGACAAAACUGCCGAAAUCUCUGCUGGUUUAAAAACAAAUAAAAAAUUAAUUGAAUCUCAAAUGAAUGUAAUGCCGCAGGUCAGCUUAACGCGAGAUGCAGAAUCAGUCAUAAAUUCUCAAUCGAAAUCGUCGUUUGACAAUUCAACUUGCGUUACAAAUCCUUUAGUACACUUAGAAGUUCACGAUAAGAGUCUUUACACAAAAGCGGAAGAGAAAUUUAACCAGUUACAUAAACCAGCUGCUCAGUCAGCGGGUCUUUGUUUUGGAACCUCGGCCAUGGAUUUGGAUUUGGACUUCAAUGUCACCAUGAACACGACGGACGCUAAAUCACCGAAUGCAUCACAAUCGAAAGACAGUCAACUUCGUACUUCCAUUGUUAUGGCAGAGAAACCAAUAGCUAAAGAAGCUGUGCCAAAAAUAGAAAAGUGCGUUGUUGAUAAACGUCCAUCUGCAAGAUUGCCGAGCUUGUCAACUGUCUCACAUGCUGAUUUUAGUGGAAUUGACAUCCUUGAUGUGGAUACGCAAAAUGACGUCUUUCUCUCUCAAGACAGGAAACCAGAAGAAAAUGUGGCAAAUGAAACUGAAAAAACAGAAACCAACCCUAACAUUACUCGUUCAACGUUUGAUCUGGUUAGAAAGGAGAACCCAAGUCUAAAACGAAGACUUCAGAGUUUGGAUGCCACGCAAGCUGAAGCGAAGGCACGAAUCAAGCAACAUAGAACUGAUUCGCUGUCUAAAUCGCAAACAUCAACACAUGAAAAUACAGGAGAAAAUAUGGAAGUAAAUGAACAAGAAGAAAAAAUGGCGACAGUAGAACCUGCUCAAGUUGAAAAGUGUGUUGAAAUGACAUCAGACGGUCAACAGCUGAAUCGCGAUACAUCCAGUGUAAAGUCAGUUUCACCAAGUACCGAUUUGGAUAUCGAUGAUGAACCAAUGCCGGAAGCCAUGUUGAAGACAGAUGUUACCGUAACAACAACCUUGUCACAUGAUGUUAAAAAUGGCGACCGGGUAGAUCAUCAGUCGACCAAUAAUACCUCAGAUGUCAAUACUAGUAACACUGUUUCCGUGACACGGACUUCAACAUCUAAUAAUUCUUCUAUAUCUCACGGCAGUUCCAAUAGUAGUUUGUCUUUCUCCAUGUCUAAGUCUAUGUGUGGUCCAUGGACGUUUGAUAUAUUCUGUGAGAAGAUGUCUAUUAAUUAUAUUGAGGCAGCUAGAAGAAGUAGUCUUGUUAUCAGAGAGAAAGUAAACCUAGAAGUUUUACAGGAAGUUUUGGCAGCUAAAGUAAUUAAAGUACCGGAAUGUGAAAUAUUAGAUUCUAUGAUAGAAACAGUUGAACAGCGUAACAAACAAGAGAAUGAUAAAUUGGAGGAGUUGAAUGCUGAAGUCAGUAAAUGUGAACCCCAGUUGUUCGCUUUGGUCAGAGAUGCACCUCAGCGAGGUGAGUUACAUAAAGAGAUAGUUGGUUUAUCUCAGGCAUGUAGACGACUGGCGAAAAAACAGUGGAAAAGUUUACGCUGUGAAACCGAGAAAACUUUCCAUCAAAGAUUAAAGGUAGAAAGUGUAGAAUUAGAGAAAGCUGUUUCAGAGAUAUUGGAUCAUACAACAGACAUGGCUCAACAAUGUACUGAUGUAGACAGAGUUCACAUGGAUAUUGAUAAAGAAAUAGCCCGUUUACAAGCUCAACCUAAAGCUGAUUUGACAGAAAGAGAGAAAAUUGAAAAACGUCAACAUGAUUUGAAAAAAGUUAUGGAAGAGAAGAAAAUAAAACUGGCAGAAGUUGAAAGUGUGAAGAUGAAGAAGGAAGAAGAGUUAUCAGAAAUACAGAAAGAUCUGCAAAAACUUGAACAACGAAAUCAUCACGAUCAUAAUAAACUUGUCGAUCAUCAUGCUCAAGUUAAACAACUCAAAUUAAACUUACAACAUCAGGAAAUAUUACAUUACUGGUGUAUACUAGAGGAGAAUUAUACAACAAGUCAAGCUACCUUCCUCUUUCUACAAGAUACCAUCCAAUUUAUCGUAGAUUAUAAAAUAACCGAUAAUCAACAUCAAAUACGUGGAAUAAAAAUACAGUCUCUUUUACAAGGUAACAAAUUUAUACACAAUGUUUAA